AAUUUCCUCUCAAGGAAUGGCGUCUUUGUAAACGAGUAUUAUCAUUGGCAUUCGGUGGAGAAAGUCCAAAGUUCGCGCUGAAAUAACAAGGCACUUACUGAGGAAUUCUAAUCGUUUCUAAGGCAAGAUGCCGGUAGCGGUUGGACCGUACGGGCAGACCCAGCCCAGCUGUUUUGACAGGGUGAAGAUGGGUUUCAUGAUGGGGUUCGCUGUUGGAAUGGCUGCAGGUGCCAUGUUUGGGACAUUCUCCUGUUUAAGGAUCGGGAUGAGGGGCCGAGAGCUGAUGGGUGGCGUGGGAAAGACCAUGAUGCAAAGUGGUGGCACAUUUGGGACCUUCAUGGCCAUUGGGAUGGGCAUCCGCUGCUAAAACUCCGCUUCCCCGUCCUCACACUUCACACACACACACACACACACACACACUUCAUUUUCCUCAUUACAGCUAUUGUCACUAUCCCACACACAAACACAGACCAUGGAGGCAAACCAACUGCUAAUAAAGACUGUGAUUUAAAAAGA